UCACAGGUUUAUUUUGGCCUAACAAAGACAACCCCAACACAUAAUCCUCCUGAAGACACACCUGUAGAGGAGAGUAUAAAGAGUGUGGACUGACCUGAGUCAAACAUCAAGCUUCAAGGAGUCUCUCCACAGCAGAUCUCUACAGAAGCUCCACGGCCUCCCUGAAGAUGACUCCCUCUGCCAGCCUGCUGCUGCUGCUCCUGCUAGGCCUCUCUCAGGCACUUCCUCUCCAAGAGGAGGGAGACACAGAAGGCUUUGAAGAAAUAGAAGAAGAAGAUGAAGUCCCAGACACCAUGGACAUCAGCACCAGGAUCCUGACCUCCAACAACGCCACCGAUGAGAUCCUGCUGGAAGGAGACCUGGUUGCUCCCAGAACCAGAAACGCUAUGAAGUGCUGGUAUCAGAAGUGCCAGUGGAAAAAAGCCUCCAACGGCAAGGUGAUUAUCCCCUUCACCGUGAGCAGCCACUUCACCAGGCGGGAGAGGCAGAUGAUGGACUACGCCAUGAAGGUGUAUCACAGACAAACCUGCAUCCGCUUCGUGCCUCGCACCAACCAGUACGACUACAUCAGCAUAGAGAACAAAGCCGGAUGUUACUCCUCUCUGGGCAGAACUGGAGGCAGACAGGUGCUCUCUCUCAACAGACAAGGCUGCCUCCACCACGGCAUCGUCCAGCACGAGAUGAACCACGCUCUGGGCUUCCAGCACGAACAGACCAGGAGCGACCGUGACUCCUACGUCAGGAUCAACUGGCAGAACAUCAACCAGCAGAUGGCCUACAACUUCUACAAGCAGUCCACCAACAACCUGAACACUCCCUAUGACUACUCCUCCAUCAUGCACUAUGGAAGAACAGCCUUCUCCAUUGCAUACGGGAGGGACUCCAUCACCCCCAUCCCCAACGCCAACGUCCAGAUCGGCCAGAGGAGGGGCAUGUCUUACUGGGACAUCAGGAGGAUCAACCUGCUCUACAGCUGCUAAUAUUCGUCUGUUUUCAAAGUUGUUUAUUAGCAGAUAAAUGUUCUCAAUAGGAAAAAUAGGUUAACCCAGCUGUCUUAGAUAAUCAAACAACUGUUGUCUACAUCUGAUUCCUGUCCUUAACUGUAUUCGUCCAUAUUCUGAAAUAAUAAAACAAUUGUUAAAUGAC